AUAUACUAUAGUAAUAUGUUUUCCUAUUGGAGCAGAAAAAGUAAUACGAACGCCCUAAAGGGCUUGAGCAAAUCCACUGAGAAGGAUACUCUAAUAGUAAGCUCCGGCAACUAUCAUACUGAGUCACCAAGUGAGAGCGUAAUGGCUUCACCUAAAGAUGCCUAUUAUGGUAGCUGCACGCAGAAGGAGAAUCAUAUCUCGCCGACAUCAGAAAAACGGCUCCAAGAAUUCCAAGAAUUUUUAGAACGUGUUCAAAAGUGGCAGAUGUCCUCAACUACGCCUUGCGAUAAUGAAAAUCUCACAAACCAUCGAAACGAAUCCUUUCGAUCAAGUCGAUUAGCACCUGUAGAAGUAGGCAUAGAGCCAUCAACUGUAAUGGAACUAGACGACACAGGGGCUGAAACACAUGUAAAACCACACACCUUAGAUAAUGGUAUAAAAUCCAUUUCAAACUCUGCGGCUACAACGAAUAUUCGAGUUACAGUUGGAAUAGAUAGAGAUUUGGAAAUGAUUCUUGAAAUGGACCCAAGUAUUGUAGAUUUGGGCGACAUUGGUGCCGAAAAAAUUGAGUCUCGCGUCGUGGGGCUCCCACCACUUGCGGGUGGACCAACGUUUAAGACUGCCACUCCAACGUCACGUACACAACUUAAACUUCAAUUACAACGGGAACAACAGCAACAGGAGCAACAGCAGCAAAUGUUGAUGCAACAACAACUCACUGUACAUGCACCAGAUCAAACAAUAAAAAAUAUGUUUGGUCUACAAGUCUCCAACGAACUAGAGUUUGGGGGAAGCAACAGCACCAGUGCAUCCAGCUUAGAACAAAUGUCACAGUUAGUUCACAAAGAUUGUGAUCGCUUACAUUCGCCUACUCCAGGUUCUUUAAAAGUACCGUUGCAGAGUAUCGGAGUUGAUGUGCCGCCGCAAGUGCUCCAGGUGAGCACAGUACUUGAGAACCCCACCAGGUAUCAUGUAAUACAAAAGCAAAAGAAUCAAGUUAGGCAAUAUCUCAGUGAAUCAUUCAAGCCAUCUGUUUGGGAGUGUCCAAACUUCAAUUCCAAGCAUGGAAACGCGAGUGCCUCAGCAUCGACUGGAAAUCUGCAAACUUCUUCCUUGGCCAACAGAAAUCUUCAGCUCGACAGACCAAAUAGCUUUGGAGGCGACGUAAAUUGCAAGCCAACAGUCAAUUCAGAAGAAUCGGUGCAGUUGUCGCCUUUUAAUCAACACGAGCAAAUAUCUGUCAGCGGAAUGGAUAAUCGCAGCAUUGGAGAUGGAAGCCUUCCAUUACCGCACUCACAUCCUUAUUGUAAGACCACAUCAAGCUUAAACUCUUCCUUAACUUCACGGCCUGCAGCUAGCAUGAUAAGUGCCAUGCGUAAUUCCAAUAUCUCAGGCGCGAGUACCGCAAGUCCACUUCAAUCUACAUCAGCUCCUAUGUCACCCAGCUUGAGUUCGGUAGCCACUAGUGCAUCAGAACUUCCCUCAUUUGACAGUGAUGCGGACGAUCUCCUAGAUGAUAUUUUGCAGAACGAUUCGUACAACUUUGACAAAAAUUUUAGCUCGGAGUUAUCCAUUAAGCAGGAGCCACAGAGCUUGACCGAUGCGGAAAUAAAUGCGUUGGCCAAAGACAGACAAAAAAAAGAUAAUCACAACAUGAUUGAGCGUAGGCGACGUUUCAACAUCAACGACAGAAUCAAAGAACUGGGAACACUGCUUCCAAAAGGCAGUGAAGCUUUCUAUGAAGUCGUCCGUGACAUUCGGCCCAAUAAGGGAACCAUAUUAAAAUCAUCGGUGGAUUAUAUCAAGUGUUUAAAACAUGAGGUGACACGUCUAAGGCAAAAUGAAUGCCGACAGCGCCAAAUGGAGAUGCAGAAUCGGAAGCUUGCAUCUCGGAUUCGGGAGCUAGAAAUGCAAGCCAAGUCACACGGGAUAUCAUUAUCAGACUACAACCAAACUUCAGUCUCGGCUCCCACGCCUGACAGCACCUACCUCAAGAAGAAGUCGAGUCCACCAACUUCACAAAGUCGUCACUCGCUUUUAGAGGACCUUGUCGUUGAGGCGAGAUUUCCAGUUGUAGCUACCAACGAUCCCAAUAUAACAAUGAAUCAAAUCGACGAGUUGAUGGAAGAUUGUAAUCAUCCCGUACAAGGCGGCGAUCCAAUGCUGUCUUCACACAGUCAAAUACUAUCUGCACCUCAUUCACCUAUGGCUGUUCAGCUUCAGAGUCAAAAUUUCGGCGUCGGAGUCGGCACUAAGAGCAAUGAGAAUGGCGAGGUGGAAUCAGACAGUGUUGUGUUGUUCAAUGGCUCGUCCAGCGAACUACCUUUGGCCAGCUGCAAUAAUAUAAAUUGUACUGCAGGCAACAGUUCAUGCGGAUGUCUUCAGCGUCAUUGCCAGCUGGAUCCACAUCAACACCAAGUGAAAAAUAGCCAGCAACACCACCAUCACCAUCGUCAUAGAGAGACUAGCAUGCUUGGCCGUGACCCGCUUCUUUCAUCACAUAAUGGACAGCUUGAUGACGAUCAACAUCAUAGCGUUGACUUAUCUACAGCCAUGAUAAGCGAUUCUUUGUCGUCUUUAGUGGACGAUAGUCAUAGCGAACCUAUGUUGCUUACGCCAGAUGCUUUGGAUAUUGAUCUCUGAGCGGCGCGUACCUUUGACUAGCACCAGUUCAAAAUUGAAGUAGAAAUAUUUUUAGUAUUAUUAAUAGUAGCCGACGCCUCGAUCCUCGCUGUUACAGAUUAGUGACCCAUUGCUGUUAACGAAUUGUUAAAUGUUUUUACUUCUAAAAGAAUGUAUAGUAAAAUGAUUGUGCUCAACUUGGUGAGCGAUUGGA